AUGUCCACCAUCCUAUCGAUAGUUGACCGCCCGAACCCGGCGAAAGUCGCUGCCAUCCUCAAGAGUGGGCAGUAUGACCAUGGGGUUAUUGUUAGGGAGACACUUGAGCUAGUGGACUCAGGCCCCAUCAUCACCCAUUUGUGCGCAAACCCCGAUACCCAACAGAGAGUCAGAGAAUACCUGAAAAAUAACCUCGAUCAGAGCUACAAGCUGAUGGCUACCCGCAGUGAUCCCCAUCUCCAAGCGCUUUCAUAUUUGGUUAACAAUGACAAGGAGAUGAGGCCGAUGAUUUUGAACAUGAUUAAAGCGGAAUUGCCUACCUCGCCGGAUGGCCUUGGUGUUUUAGUGCGAGCUGUGGCCAACGAUUCGCUUGAGAAUCCAGCCGAAUGGGUUCCGUUGGUUGCUCCCUACUGUGCUCGUAACAUGGAUUAUCAAGUCUGGAGUGCUGCGGUUGCAGUGAUGUCGAAACUGCUACCUGACGGCCAAGACGCACUGAUGGAUUUUGUCAGACGGGCUUUGGCAAAGGACGAAGUUCAACCGGUUAUUGAAGCGUUCUCCUCGGUGGCAGCAGCAGCAACUGUUCAUCCUGAAUGUGGUGCACAUGUCUUUUCAACCGUGCUUUCCAGCGCCACCACCGCUCAUUUCAGUGACGCCGAUGUGAUGCUCUCUUGCCUCGAGAUGCUGAGUGCUAUUUGCGUGGUCAAGGACGCUCGUUUGAUUGUGCAGCAGAGCUUUGGCAGCAAUGUGGUUGGUCUUGGUGUUGACUCAAACAACCCCCACAUCAAAGUCAUGGCUACUGCUGUGAGAGUCAAACUUUUGGCUUCAAUGGUUGUUCCAAACUUGAGUGCUGAGCAAGCCGCAAGUGAGUUGGACAAGCUUUCGGUCAAUUUUGAGAAUUAUGUCGAGAAAGGUGAUGCUGACCUCAAGGCUGAAGGUGCCGCAAUCGAGGGGUUGGCUUGCACCACUUUAUUGCCCAGUGUCCGUCGUCGUAUCACCGAACCUCUUAUCAACAAAUUGACCCAGCUUGUCAAGACCAACGAGGUCUCGUGGAUUUAUGGUGCUUUAAGCAUUCUUGUGAAUGUCACAGAGUAUCCUUUCAAGCCAACUAAAGACCAGCAGCGUGAAUUAGAGUUGAAGUUGCGCACUGGCCCCUCGCCUUUUGAUAUCCAGGAACGACUCCUUCCUGAAGAUGUUGCCGAUCCAGUUGAUGCAGUCUUAAACUCAAAGAUUAUCGAGUGGUUAUCUCAAGGAUGCUCGCUUUUUACCUUAAGAUCGCGUGAACAAGUUGCUAAACUGAUUUACAAUAUGGCUUGCCAACAAAAGCAAUCCCGUCGUAUCGAGCUCGCUACCCAGGGUGGUGUUGUCGUUGAUAUGUACCUUUGGGUUUGUGACCCGCCACAUCAGAAACUCGACCCCAAGUACAAAUCUAUUGCCGCAGCAGGUAUUGCCAAGACAUUGUCCACAAUCCCUCCCCAGGUUGCCUUCACUAGUCGUUUCCCUGCUCACACGAUUAUCACUCCCCUGUGCAGCCAGAUCAACAACGACCACAGUCUGCGCCGUAAUCUUGACACAUUUGAGGCUAUUAUGUCUCUGACGAAUCUUGCCAGCAUGGAUAUUGACCUAUUGCGUAGUGAAAUUGCCGACACUGCGUGGGGAUAUGUUGAAGGAGCUCUCGCCACAGACUUUAUCCAGAUUCAAAGAGCCUCCUUGGAGCUUUUCUGCAACCUCAUGACCGUGCCUGCUUGUGCGCAUCAUUUCCUGGCUCCCGAUGAGAAGGCAAAGGCCCUGGUGUCAUUCCUAGGCAACUGCUUGACUAUGGACGAUGAGGCCGGUAGGUCCGCAGCGGCAGCUUGCAUCGCGAUUCUUGCCGAGUAUGAAGAUGGGCCCACUACUCUUGGCCAUAACCCUGAUAUCGUCGAGGGAAUCAUAUCUUCCAUGGACUACACCGAGGAGAACGAUAUGUUGCUGCGCGUUCUGACCGGGCUCCACAUAAUGUUGCGCGUCACCUUACGACUUCGUGACGACGAGGUUGCUGAAAGCCUCAUUCACUAUGGUGGUAUUGGCAAACUUGAGCAUCUUGUCAAUGUCGUUGAUCCCGAACAGAAAGAACUCGUCACUCAUUUGUUAAAAAUCAUUCGCAUGCUGGCUAAAUUCAAGGUGGAGCAGUAG